AUGUCCGACCAGGAGGAAUACGUUGGCAACUCGGGGUAUUCGACCCCUGUCCCCGAGCUGGACGAUCAUCGAAAGCAGUCAAUGUCGGUCCAGCGGCCUGAUCGCGCACGACGAGGCACCUUUGACUCAUUGUACGGAGCACGCCAACAGGCCGCUGAGCUCGCUGGCGAGCCAAGAGUUCGGGACUUCGAGGAAGCGGUCAUUGACGAGGAGGGUGGGGACCUGUCUCCGACCAUGCGCCGGGCAAGGCGUCCAACUAUCGAAACCGUAUCGGACCGCUCGCUCUCGCCGCCCAAUUCGGUCAAGGCUUUCGCCGAGGCCCGCCGGCGGGAACGUGAAAUGUCCAUUUCUGAGCAACAGAGGCCGGAACGCAAGAAUGAGGAGCAUACCGAGCUUCAACGGACCACCUCCAUUGCAAGUCGCCACAGCUAUCGCAGCAGACAGCAUACUGUUGCGACCAUUGACGCCGCUAGCCUUGCUACUAACAAGUCUGCGGAAGAGGAUGUGUGCUUCCCUGUCCAGGACGAACAACGGGGGGACCGGCUACAUAUUGAUUUCGAUUACCUCGAGAACUUCAUCAGGGCUGAGAGCGAAGCUCGUCGAGUCCGCCGCCCCUCUACCGUCCGCGCGUUUCCCGAUUUACGCCCUCAAUCGGAGGCCAAUGAGACUGAAGCCGCUAUCCCCAUGGUCACCCUGGAUGGCGACAUCCUGACCACUCCGUCCGAGACCAAGAGUCAUCAGGAGCGGCCUGUCGAGGGGGAGGCUCAAGAGGAGGAGCUACGUCUCCAGCCACCUCCCGUGGAUCAAAGCCGUGUGAGUUUUUUCUCUUCGGCCUGGGAGUCAACUAUCCACGCUGCAGACCUGGAAGGCCUUAUCCUGCCUGGAGAGGACAUUCGCGGGCUCUUCACUUUUCCCAAGGGGGAGGUCGACGGCGUUUGGUGGCUGAACAUGAACAAGCCAUCGGAGGAGGAAGUGCGCGCUAUUUGCCGGGCCUUUGGUAUCCAUCCCUUGACGGCAGAAGAUAUUACGACUCAAGAGUCCCGCGAAAAGAUUGAACUUUUCCCGUCCUACUACUUUGCAUGCUUCCGGUCCUUCUAUAUCGAGGUUGAUGAGGCCACCCAGGAAAAGGAGUUCGUUCCGUUCAACAUCUAUGUGGUUGUUUUCCGUGAGGGCACGCUGAGCUUCAGUUAUGCCAACAACUCUCACGCGUCCCAUGUUAGGAAGAGGAUCACCAUGCUGAAGGACUAUGUCUCGCUGAGCAGCGACUGGAUCUGCUACGCUUUGAUCGACGACAUCGUCGAUUCGUUCGCUCCUGUUAUCAGCAAGCUGGAGGCAGAUACAGACCAAAUUGAAGACGAGGUAUUCGUUGCCAGGACCGAUGACAUGGCGCAGUUCCUUCGCAAGAUCGGCACCGCUCGCAAGAAUACCAUGGCCCUUAUGCGAUUACUCGGUGGCAAAGCCGAUGUCCUCCGCGGUUUUACCAAGCGUUGCAACGAAAAUUACAAGGUCACCCCUCGUAUGGACAUCGGUCUGUAUCUUGGUGACAUUCAGGAUCACGUUGUCACCAUGAUGAACAACCUCGCCCAUUUCGAAAAGAUGCUGUCUCGCGCACAUAGCAAUUACCUGGCUCAAAUCUCGAUCGACGGCAUUGCCCAGGGAACGGCUACCAACAAGGUCCUUAGCAAGAUUACCCUGUUGGCCUCUAUCAUCGUGCCACUGAACGUUGUCACGGGCCUGUUUGGCAUGAACGUUAACGUUCCCUGGCGUGAUGUCGACUCGCUGACUCCAUUCUUUGCGAUUCUUGGUGUCAUGUUUGGUUUCGUCAUCAUUGCCACCUACCUCACGUGGAGACUGAAGAUGUUCUGA